CGAAACUCGCUUCCUUUUCCCUCGCAAAUUUUCCCUCGUUUCGCAUUUCCAUUUCCCACUUCUCGUUUCCCGACCCAGCGAUCGUAGAGAUGGCGCCAAAGGGCGAGAAGAAGCCAGCGGAGAAGAAGCCGGCGGAGAAGCCGGCGGAGGAGAAGAAGACGGUGGCGGAGAAGGCCCCCGCCGAGAAGAAGCCGAAGGCGGAGAAGCGCCUUCCGAAGGAGGGUUCUGCAGAUAAGCAGAAGAAGAAGAAGAAGGUGAAGAAGAGCAGUGAGACGUACAAGAUCUACAUCUUCAAGGUUUUGAAGCAGGUGCAUCCUGACAUCGGGAUCUCGAGCAAGGCCAUGGGCAUCAUGAACUCCUUCAUCAACGAUAUCUUCGAGAAGCUCGCCCAGGAGGCCUCUCGCCUCGCUCGGUACAACAAGAAGCCGACGAUCACUUCCCGGGAGAUCCAGACGUCCGUCCGGCUGGUCCUCCCCGGUGAGCUCGCCAAGCAUGCCGUAUCGGAAGGAACAAAGGCUGUGACUAAAUUCACGAGCUCUUAAGGACUUUGUCGGUCUCUUAAUCAUAUGGGGUCUCGAUUUUAAGCCUAACGUCCAGUCAGAUCCCUUUUUCUUUCUCCUGUAAUCUUCUUUUGUAUUUCUGGAAUUUCUGUUCACUUUUUGAAUGUAAAGCAAUGACCUCGUUUGCUUACAAAAUCAUAGUCCUUUGGAUGGAAAUCUGUUUUCUCUUCA